AUGGCAGCCACUGUAGUAGUUCAGCAGACGACGAUGAUGACAGGGACCAAGACCACAGAGUGGAGUUCUGGUCUGUGCCAGUGCUGUGAAGACAUGGACUCCUGUUGCUACGCUUACUGGUGCUGCCCCUGCUUUGCCUGCUCCACCACGUCUGAGUUCGGGGAGGCCAUGUGUCUGCCCCUCAUCGACAUCCUGGGACCAGGGCUUCUGGCGGCAUCCGGCAUGGCCGUGUGUGUUCCGCCCGUCACUCUCUCCAUGAGGGCAGCAGUGCGGAACAAGUACGAAAUCAGGGGUAGCAUGUUCGAGGACAUUAUGAUUUCCUGUUUCUGCAUUUGGUGCUCCUGGUGCCAGAUGCACAGAGAGAUAAAACAUCAUAAUAUGCCUGUGACGGUCAUCAGCACUCAGCCAGCGAUCAACCCCAUCGCCAUUACAGCUGAGAGCCUGCUAGCAAUGGCGUUCCUGUUGCAGUGGUUACCGUGUAGCAGACCGGAAGACUUGACCUGGGCCUCAUAGACUAUGACUCUGUGGACUAGUGUGAUAUGAUGCACUGCGUUAAGUGUCGAAAAAUGGCAGUUUCAAAAAUCUCAGUGAAUCGUAUCAUACAACGUUAUAAAAAUUUGUA